AUGGUUGAUAGAAUACAACAAUCCCAACAACUUCAAGAUAAUGCUACCAAGAAGAAAUUGAAGACAGAUUUCAAUAAUGAUGAGAUCGUUCAUUUCUUCCAGCCAAAAAUUUGGGAUCAAAAGUAUCAACAAGAUCUUAAACAAGAAAUCAAAGAUAGUCAACCUUAUAGAUGGGGAACCAUUAAAGAAUUAAUGAAUGAUCAGUUAUUAAGAAAUGUUAGAACUGAAGUUAUGAAUGAAAUAUCUUUUACCAAGAAAGAAACAGAUAUCUAUAAAGUUUACCAAUCAGGAGAUUUAGCCAAUUUAUCAGGAUUAGAUUGGGAUGAUUUAUCUCGUUUACCUUCAUUAUAUGAAUUACGAGCUGCUAUUUAUAGUGAACAAUUCAGAGAUUUCAUAUCUACAGUUACAGGAUGUGGGAAAUUAAGUGGUAAAAAGACUGAUAUGUCAAUCAAUAGUUAUACUACAGGAUGUCAUUUGUUAACUCACGAUGAUGUCAUAGGAUCCAGAAGAGUUAGUUUCAUUCUUUAUUUACCUGAUCCUAAUGAAAUAUGGGAAGAAGAGUUUGGGGGAGCUUUAAGAUUAUUCCCUUCAAUUGUUCCAAAUGUUCCUUGUACUGAUUAUAGUGCCAAGUUAAUUCCUCAAUUCAAUCAAAUAGCAUUUUUCACUGUUCAACCAGGACUUUCAUUCCAUGAUGUUGAAGAAGUUAGAAUGAACAAAUAUAGAUUAUCCAUUCAAGGAUGGUUCCAUAUUCCUCAACCAGGUGAAGAUGGAUUCAUUCCUGGAGAACAAGAAAUGACUGAAAAUAAAAGUACUUUACAACAAUUACAAAGUAAAGAACUUCAAGAAUUCGAUUUCCCCAAACCUUAUAGAACCGACUUCCUUAAUGAUGAGUUGAAGAUUUAUAAUGAUUUGGAAAAAUAUGAUUUCAGUGAAGAAGAAGUUCAAUACUUAUCUAAAUUCAUUAAUGAGACUUAUUUGAAAGAGGCCCACAUUGAACAAUUGAAUAAGAACUUUAUUGAAGAAUCCAUCAUAGAAAUCACUCAAUUUUUGAACGAUGACUAUGCUGAUACUCUUUGGAAAUUGUUAAGAUCUACUGAAAUUGAAAAACCAGCACCGGAAAAUUCCAAACAAAUCCAAUUCCCUUGGAAAUGUGCUAUACCUCCUCAUAAACAAAGAUAUAUGUACAUUGAUGGGAAACCAAGCUUCGAUUUGGACGAAAAAUCCAUCAGAUUCGAAAAUAAAUUGGGAUCCCAAGAAUCACCAAAUUUCAGUUUAUUACAAAAGCUUAAUGUUGAGGAUACUGACUCCAAGUUAGUAGAAUUAUCUACAUUUAUGAAAUCGAUUGUGUUUAAAAAAUGGCUAACUUUAAUCACCAGCUUGAUCCCCACUUCCGAACAAUUAUUAGUUAGAAGAUUCAGACCAGGUCAUGAUUUCAUCUUAGCUACUACUACCGAUAAAAAAUUAGCUCGUGAACAUCUUCAAGAAGCUAAUGUCUUACUUGAAGCUACCUUGAAUUUAACACCUACUGCUAAAAACCCUGAAAACUGGGAACUGGGAGAAUUUGGUGGAUAUGAAUUAUGUAUGAGUCUUGAUAAUGAAGAUGGAGAGUUUGAAGAUGACGAUCCAGCUAUUUAUAAACCAAGUGAUCCAAAUGAUGAUUCUGUAUUAUACUCAAGUCAAUGUAAAUGGAAUUCAUUAACAUUGAUAGUUAGAGACCCUUCAGUAUUGAAAUUCAUCAAAUAUGUUAGUAUCAAUGCCAGAGGUUCCAGAUGGGACAUUUCCUGUCAAUGGAAUGUCAGGGAUCAAGAUGAUGAAGAAGAAGAUCAAGAACAAGACCAAGAAGAUUAA